UUAUUUGCGGCUCUGACGGUGCUGCUGUUCUUUGACAGGGAGCGACUCACAGAACCUGCUCACUAUCUUUCAGCUAUGGGACCCACGGGUGAGGUGGUGAUUGACACCCCGGUGCCGGUCUGUUCUAAGAACCGGCUGCGCUGGGACCUGAGCCCUGAGCAAAUCCAGCAGCUUUCUGAUGAGCUCAUCGCCAACACCAAGAAGGUGUACGACGGUGUCGGGGCACUGGACAUCGAUGGCGUGACCUUCGAGAACACGCUGAAGGCCCUCGCUGAUGUGGAGGUCGAAUACACCGUCCAGAGGAACAUGCUGGACUUCCCGCAGCACGUGUCUCCGUGUAAGGAGGUCCGAGCAGCGAGUACCGAGGCUGACAAACGCCUGUCAGAGUUUGACGUGGAGAUGAGCAUGAGGGCGGACGUCUACCUGAGGAUCGUCGCUCUGGAGAAGAAGAUUGAAUCUGAUAGCAUUUCUGCCGAGGCUAAGCGUUACAUGGAGCGACUGAUCAAACUGGGGAAGAGGAACGGCCUUCACCUGCCCACGGAGACACAGGAGGCAAUUAAAACCAUCAAGAAGAAACUGAGCAACCUCUCCAUAGAUUUCAACAAGAACCUGAACGAGGACACCACCAGUCUGUCCUUCACCAGAGAAGAGCUGGGCGGCCUCCCCGAGGACUUCCUCAGCUCUCUGGAGGUUGACGGCGACAAGCUGAAGGUCACUCUGAAGUAUCCUCACUACUUCCCCACCAUGAAGAAGUGCUUUGUCCCAGAGACUCGCAAGAAGCUGGAGGAGGCCUUCAACUCCCGCUGCAAAGAGGAGAACUCGGUCAUCCUGAAGGAGCUGGUGGAGCUGCGGUCUCAGAAAAGUUCUCUGCUGGGCUUCAGCACACAUGCCGACUUUGUCCUGGAGAUGAACAUGGCCAAGUCUGGGAAGAAGGUGGCCGGCUUCCUGGAGGAGUUGUCUCGUAAGCUGAAGCCUCUCGGGGAUGAAGAGCGAGCAGUCAUCCUCAAGAUGAAGGAGACAGAGUGUCAGAAAAGAAGCCUGCCUUUCAACGGAGAGCUGCACGCCUGGGACACGCGUUACUACAUGACCCAGGUGGAGGAGACUCAGUACGCAGUGGAUCAGAACCUGCUGAAGGAGUACUUCCCAAUGGAGGUGGUGACUCGGGGACUGCUGGACAUCUACCAGGAGCUGCUGGGUCUGUCCUUCGAGCUGGUGGACGGAGCCUCGGUCUGGCAUCCUGACGUCACUCUGUACUGUGUGAAGGACCGCAGCAGUGGACAGGUGGUGGGUCAGUUCUACCUGGACCUUUUCCCCAGGGAGGGGAAGUACGGUCACGCCGCCUGCUUCGGCCUCCAGCCCGGCUGCCUGCUGUCCGACAAGACCCGCCAAAUGCCGGUGGCAGCCAUGGUGGCCAACUUCAGCAAGCCGACGGCCGAUGCUCCAUCUCUGCUGCAGCAUGACGAGGUGGAGACGUACUUCCACGAGUUUGGCCACGUCAUGCACCAGCUCUGCGCUGAGGCGGACUACGCCAUGUUCAGUGGGACUCAUGUGGAACGGGAUUUUGUGGAGGCUCCAUCUCAGAUGUUGGAGAACUGGGUUUGGGAAAAGGAGCCCCUGCAGAGGAUGUCCAAACACUACAAGACCGGCAGUGGCAUCCCUGAAGAGCUGCUCGACAAACUCAUGAAGUCCCGCCUCGCCAACACUGGUCUGUUUAACCUCAGGCAGAUUGUUUUGGCUAAAGUGGAUCAGGCUCUUCACACCAGGAAUGGACUGGACCCUGCAGAGGAGUACGGCCGCCUUUCUCAGGACAUCCUGGGAAUCCCUGCUUCACCAGGAACCAACAUGCCCGCGACCUUUGGUCACCUGGCCGGUGGCUACGACGCGCAGUACUACGGUUAUCUGUGGAGCGAGGUCUUCUCCAUGGACAUGUUCUACGCUCGCUUCAAACAGGAGGGAAUCAUGAAUCCUAAGGUGGGUCUGGACUACAGGAAGUGCAUCCUGCGACCUGGCGGCUCAGUGGACGCCGCUGAGAUGCUGAGGAAGUUCCUCGGGCGGGAACCUAAGCAGGAAGCGUUCCUUCUGAGCAAAGGACUAACUGUGGAGCUGGAAACUGGAACGCCAUGUCCCUGCUGACCAAUCACAGCAGCCAGCUCCGCCCCCCCAACACCCGGCAGUGACCACACAGAACAACGGACUGAGGAGGUUUUUUUUAGGAAAAGGAAAUUUUAAAAUAUGACACAACAUGGAAACAAAUUAACUUGUGAAUAAAAAUGAUUUGCGGUGA